UGAGUAGAAGAUAAUUGUGUUUGGGUCUUUUCAUUCUGUCCUCGUUUAGCUGCUUCGUCUCAAAACGUUUGCGUUACAUUUAAUUGGAUUUAAACAUUAUAUCUUCUGUAAUGUGCUCCGGUUACGCUUACUUCAGAUUUUAUAUUGUAAUGAUUUAACACAAAAGCAUGUACGGUCCCGGUCGGCCGCCUUUCGGGUUACCUAAACCUCGCGGCGGUCCGUACAAUGUCGGGUCGCCUUGUCGCCCUCCACCUCCAGGACAUUUGGCUCCUGGACCGUGUGGACCAUUUCCGUCCACGCCGAUGCUGGGGCCCCGGUUUCUCUCCAACAGACCUCCAGGACCUCCGAUAAUCAAUCCCCACUGUAGCAGCUUCUCCAUAGACGGUAAUACAGCGAUUGCCUCUCCGGUUCCACCCCCACACCCUCAGCCCCCCCCAUGGAAUCCCAUGGAACAUCACAAGUCAGACAGCGACCAUGCCGGUGAGGAGUUCUUGCGGUGUCUUGCGGCAAAUAAGCCUCUUCCCGACUAUCUCAAAGGGAACAUGGCCUACAACCUGGCCGAUGCAUUCAAAUCAGCAAAUAUUCUCAAGGAGGCCGUCAAAUCGGAUCACGUUUUCCAGAAGCAUUUCACCAGGAGCAAAAGCGGGAGCAGAGGCCGUAGUCGUAGCCGUGGAAGAUCCCGAAACAGAAGUCGUGGACGGAGCCGAAGCACAGGAAGGAGCAAAAGUCGCGCUCGUGGUAAAAGUCGAGCAAGAAGCCGAAGUCGAACCAGGAAAAGUUGCGCACGGAGCAAAAGUAGAAACAGGAGGUCAAGGUCACGGAGCAGCAGUAGCGGCAAGAGAGAGCACGCCAGGAACAAACAACAGCAACGGGAAGGGAGCUCCAGCCACGCCAGGGACAAGGGGAAGGACGGCGCUGGUUGUAGUAGUCUUCUCCAAGGAAGGAGCUUCUUGGAGGGACUAAAGAUGGUCAUCAACAACCAAGACCUGGAGCGCCUGCCUACUCUCAAAGACGCGGCCCUCUCUAUUCAGGCCUCUAAUAAACUCCAAGACAUGCAACGUACCCCCAGCAUGAAGCCAGAUGAUAAAAUGGAGACUUCGUCUGAAAAUGACAACACGGUCCUGCCUCACGACAGAGUAGGCAGCGACUUCUCCUGGCUUCAACCCCAAAACCACACGACCGCGAGGGCUGAUGAAUUUGAAGAUGAAGAGUCGUUCUUGUACGGGAACGAAGACGCAAAAGGCGAAGCGUCAACAUCGACACUCACGACUUCCGAGUCGGUCAAACCACAGCAGGACGAGAUGAAGAGCGGCGUCCCGGGCCGUCAACAGCACAGCGCCAAUAUGUCAAAUUCCAGUAUUUUGGGCGACGUGUCGCUCUCGAGCCACGCCUUUGCUAAUUUGGACAACAAAGAGUGUGAAAAGAUCAAAAAUAUAUUAAAAGGUUUGAGCAAAACACACGGAAUGGACACAAUGGACAAGAUGGCCUCCAACCAUACCGAGAUAGCGUCCAUUCCUACACAAACUCUGACUUCGGUUUCAUCGGGGGCUCCUUUGGGAUUGCCCCCGCAACACAACCCCAAUCUACGCAAAGCGUUGGAGUCUCUCCAGUCGCUUAUCAAAGUGACCAAGGAGAGGCGGGCAAAAGUUGAAGGUGUUGGAACGUCUCAGUCAUCCUGUCCUAAAGAAAAGUCCGGUGAGGAAAGUGAAAGGAACAAAGACAAACAGAGCAAAAUAAAUCAAGCGGAAAUUUUGAUGAAAGAAGUGUCAGGAUUCCUGAAAGAGGACGGAUUUGGUUUUCUUACACCGGUGGUUGGUUUUUACUGCCAGAUAUGUGAGGAGUUCAUCGGAGAAUUAAAGAACGCUGAAAGUCACGCAGCCAUCCACGGCUACCGGAACAUCAGUCAUAAAAUGCAAGUGGAUAAACAUAACAAAGACACUAAAGGACACCAAAGCAGACCCCAGCACCCUUUAUCAGACCAAAAGGGCAACAAGGGCCACAGUUGUACAGAUCGAGGUGACAACAGGAAGGACAGGGUCAAACAGGAAGAGGAUUCCAACGGUCACAGACCUGGCUCGGAAAACGCUUUGUGGAAGGACAUGAAGAAGGAGAGGAUGCUCAUUACUGUGUCCCGUUGUGGCGAGUCCCCGAAAGUUGAGGAGCUCAAAAAGGAUCAUGGCAACCAUUCCAAAGUCAAGGAGCACACCAGAGACAUGGGGAAAUCCAGCGAGAGUAAGAAAAAAGAUGUGAACGACAAACAUGAUAGUAGCUCCGACAGCAACGGCGAGCAAGAAAAGACAUCGAAAGGAAAGUCGCACAAAAAGAAAAAGGAGAAAAAGAAGAAGAAGAAAAAGGAGAAGUCUAAGUGAUGGAAUUACAUUUGUCACAAGUCCACCCUUUAGUUACCUGCGUUUGAGGUUUUUUGUCAAAACAUUCAUCUGUACCUUGUAAAUCCCAAUACAUUGUACAAAUGUUUUAUAUUUUGUAAUAUAGAGAAAAUCAAAAAUGUGUGCACAAUUAUCGCUAUUAAAAAGAUGCCACGUUAUUAUUA